AUGGUGCGCAAUAUCGUCGUUCUCGGUGGAAAUUCCCACCCAGCACUUGUCGACAGUGUCUGCGGCAUUCUAGGUGUACCUCAAUGUCAGAGAAUUCUCGGUAGUUUCUCUGUUGGUGAGAGUCGCUGCGAGAUCAAGGAUUCCGUGCGUGGCAAGGAUGUCUAUAUUAUCCAGUCUGGAGGCGGAAAGGUCAACGACCAUUUCAUAGACCUCUGCAUCAUGAUUUCGGCCUGCAAGACAGGGUCUGCCAAGAGAGUAACUGCAGUCAUGCCACUCUUCCCUUACUCGAGGCAACCUGAUCUCCCUUACAACAAAGCGGGCGCUCCCUUGUCGAAACAGCCUUCCUCUCUAACCAACGGCUCAUACACCUUCGAAAGCGUCCCUGCCACACCUGCUCCCGGCAUCCCUAAGAGCGCCGGUCUUUCGAAUGGCAUUGAUGGACUCAGCAAGAAGCUGGGUAAGGCUAGCAUUGCUGAGGAGGUCAAUGGCAACAGUACUCCAGCGGUUAUCCCUGGCAGCGACAGCUACUUCAAGCGUCCCGAUCUCCCUGCCGUCCCACAAACACCUGCCGCUACCUUUACGACACACGACUACGAGAAGAAGCCUCUCAAGAACUUCAUACCAAAACCGGGAUACAAGCAAUGGGUUGCCCAGGCUGGAACGCUUGUCGCCGACCUACUGACAUGCUCUGGUGCCGAUCAUAUCAUCACGCUCGACCUACACGACCCUCAAUACCAGGGAUUCUUUGACGUCCCGGUCGACAACCUCUACGGCAGGCCCAUGUUGAAGCGAUACAUUCAGCAGACCAUUCCCAACUUCAAGGAUGCCGUGGUGGUGAGUCCGGAUGCUGGUGGUGCAAAGAGGGCGUCUGCGAUUGCAGACAGCUUGAAAAUGGAUUUUGCCCUGAUCCACAAGGAACGUCGCCCGACAAAGAUCACGGACCGUCAAAACGCUACCAUGAUGCUUGUUGGAGAUGUCGCCAACCGUGUGUGCGUGCUGGUAGACGACUUGGCCGACACAUCGAACACCAUUACGAGAGCUGCCAAACUUUUGAAGAAGGAGGGUGCAACCAUGGUCUACGCCCUUAUAACUCACGGUGUUCUCAGCGGCGACGCCAUCCAGCGUAUCAACCAGUCGGCAAUCGACAAGCUCGUCGUAACGAAUUCAGUUCCUCAAGACGAACAUAAGCGGAUGUGUCCCAAGCUAGAAGUCCUAGACAUCGGCCCAGCGUUUGCAGAAGCCAUCCGUCGUGUUCACCACGGCGAGUCCAUCAGCGUUCUGUUCCAGUACGACUAA